AUGGCUCCGACGUCGUCCCAGCCGGCAUAUGCAAAAGAGGAAAGGGUUCUAUGCUUCCAUCACGAGCUCCUAUAUGAAGCCAAAGUACUUGAUUCAAGAACAGCAGAUCCUAAUGACAAGAAGAGUCCUCUGCAGUAUCGCGUUCACUACAAAGGAUGGAAAAACACGUGGGACGACUGGGUUCCCCAGGACCGCCUUCGUAAGUUCACCGAUGAAAACAAAGAACUUGCGGCAAAUUUGAAGAAAGAAUUGGCCCGCAGCCAGCAGCAAAAGGUUUCCAAUGUUCCGAGCAAGAAGAAAGCCGCCAGUUCCGACUUCAGCUCCGCCAGAGGCAGUGAAGAGCGUCAUUCAUCGGUCCAGGCCACCACUGCUCCGCGUGGACAGAAAAGAGGUCGGGACUACGAGAUUGAAAAGGAAGAGGUUUUCCACUCGCGUCCAUCCGUCCGCCUCGUUAUCCCCGACCACCUUAAAGCCAUCCUCGUCGACGACUGGGAGAAUGUAACGAAGAAUUUGCAGCUCGUCCCCCUUCCCGCCAAGUUUCCAGUCAACAAGAUUCUCGACGCCUACUUCGAUGAUGAAAAGGGCAAGCGCCGACUCGGAAGUGCCGAAGCCGACAUCCUGGAGGAGGUCGUUCAAGGCGUCAAAGAGUAUUUCGACAAAUGUCUAGGAAGAAUCCUCUUGUACCGUUUCGAACGCGAGCAAUUUUUCGAGAUUCGCCAACUCUGGGAAAAUGGUACCGGGGAGUGGGAAGGAAAAGGCGCAGGCGAUGUAUAUGGUGCUGAGCAUCUUUGCAGACUUUUCGUCUCCAUGCCUGAACUCAUCGCCCAAACAAACAUGGAUCAACAAUCCGUCAAUCGUCUCCGCGAGGAGCUUGCCAAAAUGACACAGUGGCUCGCCAAAAAUUCAUCUCGCUAUUUCGCGGCUGGCUAUGAGAGCGCCACACAAGAUUACAUUGAGAAAGCACGAGGCUUGACCGGCUAA